ACGACUCACAGUUCCCCCCAUCCGUCAUGGCAUCCUCACUUCUAAUGGACCCAAAAGCCACAUUUCAAACCACAUUCUCCCAUCUCCUCGACCCCCGUAUACUCAGUGCUCUUGCGGACAUGCGUAUGAGUCGCCCGACGUUAGUUCAAACCAAAGUCAUAUCAAUAGCUCUAUCAGAAGAAAGCAGGGACAUUCUUGCUCGUGCAAGGACAGGAAGUGGAAAGACGGCAGCGUUUGGGGUUCCAAUCGUUCAAAGAAUCCUGAAAGUAAAGGAGUCUUCGGAUACAUCGCUCAAUGAUCCCUCAAGACAAGUUACGAGAGCACUUAUACUUGUUCCAACUCGGGAACUGGCGGAACAGAUCUCAGUAUUCUUCAGAGGGGUGACGAAGUAUUGCCAGGAUGUCGUCGUUCAUAAUGUUGCGUCUUCAAGCAUGGGUAGUCUACAGCGGACCCUGGCAGUAGAAAAACCAGACAUCGUCGUUUCAACUCCAUCACGAGCUCUGGCACUUAUUCAAUCCAAAAGUCUUGUUUUAACGUCCCUUGAAUCCCUCGUUAUUGACGAAGCCGAUCUAAUCCUGUCUUAUGGUCACGAUGAAGACGUCCGACAAAUAUUCAGCGGGGCUUAUCUACCAAAGAUAUAUCAGUCAUAUUUGAUGAGCGCAACCAUGACAGAGGAUGUCGAGCUGUUGAAAGGUUUGACUUUGAGGAAUCCGGCAUUAUUGAAGUUGGAAGAGGACGAGGACGACGCCGCAAGGCUGACGCAGUAUGCAGUCAGAUGCUCCGAAACCGACAAAUUCCUCCUCACAUAUGUCAUGCUAAAACUAAAACUUAUCAAAGGGAAAACUAUUCUCUUUGUCAAUUCUGUCGAGCGGUGUUACAGACUCAAACUAUUCUUGGAACAGUUCUCCAUUAAAUCUUGUGUGCUCAACUCGGAACUGCCAUUGAACUCGAGAUAUCAUACGGUGCAGGAGUUCAACAAGGGAGUGUACGAGUACAUUAUCGCGACGGAUGAGAGUGGAGGUGUGGGUUUGGGUGGAGGAGAUGAGCGAGAUGAAGGGGACGACGAGGAUGAAGCAGAGGGGCAUGAAGAAUUCACAUCGACGCAGCGCGAACCUGAGAACACGAACGUUGACGAAGGAGAGGAGGCUACAAUCACAAGAAAGCGUAAAAGGAUGGCAGAUACGACCACUUCACAAACCGAGCAGAAAACACGAAAACGACGACACAAAAAGGGAAGAGGCGAUAAGGAAUACGGGGUUACUCGUGGAGUCGAUUUUAUCGAUGUGUCCUGCGUCCUCAAUUUCGAUUUACCAUCCUCGUCGCGAUCAUACACCCAUCGAGUCGGUCGAACGGCGCGUGCUGGACGUACCGGAAUGUCAUUGUCUUUUGUGGUACCGAACGAAGAGUGGGGAAAGAACAAGAUUGUGGGGUGUUUACCUUCUGCAAAAGACGAUGAGAAAGUCUUUGAAAAGAUUGAGGGAGAACAAGCUGGGAGGGGUAGUAAGAUGAAGGAGUACAAAUUCGACAUGAAGCAGGUUGAAGCAUUCCGGUACAGGAUGGAGGAUGCGUUGAGGUCUGUUACGAGGAACGCAAUUAGAGAGGCCAGGAUCAAGGAGGUGAAAACAGAGAUUUUGAAUUCAGAUAAACUGCAGGUAAGGUUUUAUUGUGAUUUGAAAUCUGAGAGUACAAAUUCCUCUAGGCACACUUUGAAGAUAAUCCACUCGACCUCGAAUACCUGCGACACGAUAAACCUUUACAUCCAACGCGGAUACAACCUCAUAUGAAACACAUUCCUAAGUAUCUUCUUCCACGAUCUGCACAGUUACCAGCUGCCGGAGUUGAAGUCACCAACGAGCAACGGGAGAGUGCGGAGAGCAAAAGUGGUGGAUUUGUGCCCUUUAGAAAGGACAACAGUCGCGGACGUGGUAGGGGACGAGGCCGAGGAAGGGGUGGGACGUCCGACAGAGGGAGGAAAAGGGCAGAUCCUCUAAAGAAAUUUGGACGGUAAAGAUGGGCCAUCUUACCGAUUACUUAAGAGGAUGUGUUCAGAACCGCCUUCCUCAAAUUUCAUGAAGGCCUCCGACCAACCGUCCGCAGGUUUCAUUAAUUUCCUCAAGCAGUCGAAACGAAUAGGGAGGUUGAGGGCGUAAAGGGGGGAAAAGCCCCUAAUCAUAUGAAUAUCCAUGCCAUUAUGUAGGGCUGCGUAAAAAAGUACAUUGGGGGGCCCUCAUGUACUCAAAACUAACUCCAUUGCUACUAGUAGAACACUUGAAAGGCCA